AUGGCCUCAGAAUUCGAAACAGUUCGCACCAGAAUCUUAACCGGCUCCGGCUCAUCCACUCCAACCAGACGCCCCUCCCUCCCUACAAUAGCCCCGCUAACCCCCUUCCACCAUAAACCCCCUCCUCCCGAGAAUCCCACUUCUCCUCUCACAAACCCCAACUUCAUAACCCUCCUAAUCACCCACCUCUCCAACCUCUCCACCACCCGCAUCUCCCAAGGUUUCCUCCACCUCCAUCCUUCCCCCAUUCAUACACCCCUAUACCUCCCCUCCCCUCUACCCUACUACACCCACCUGACCGACCUCCUCCGCCGCAUCGAUGUAAACCUCUCCACAAUCCCUCACACAAAACUCCAACGAUUCUUCUCCCACCUCCUAUCUCGUCAAAUCCACUGCAGCAAUCUCCUCUCGAACACCGGGACCGACUACUCCACCACCCAAAGAAUAAGCACAUCAAUCUUCACCUCAACAGGAAUAACGGAACUAAACCUCCCACAUACAAAACAAUACACCUCGGAAAUAAACUAUAUAACCUCACACUCAUUCACCCAACGUGAGCGUAGUAGUAGUAAUCAUCACCCCACAGAUUUUGGAACAGUAUUAAAGGGCAGAGACGAUGUGUAUAACUACACCAAAGCCCUUGUCCACUUUUUAACAACCUUGAUAUCCCCGAGUGGAGAACUCACCCAAGAUCUAAUAAAGCAAACCCACCGGAUCCUGGUCACCGAUAACCCGGUUAUAGAUUCAAAACCAUGGGAUCAAUACGGCGGCUGGUACCGCGAUUACCGUCUCCUAACCCCAACGGACCCUAUUUCACAUUCACAGACCGCAUCUUCGACUUCCUUCUCAAGUCACCUAAAUAGCGCCAGUCAUACGAACAACAACUCUCCAACAACCCCCCGCCGCUCAAGCAGUAUCUACACCUUCAACCAACCCGAAUUCAGACGCACAAGUAGUAUCUACUCCCUUCCUCCAGAAAACUACACCCCAAGACGUCUCAGCAGUUACAGCAGCAGCAUCUCCACCCCUUCAUCACUAGCCACAUCUCCCACAUCUCCGCGUCGAGGGAGUAGUCUAUACUACCCCAUAACCCCCAUAACCGAACUCUGCGAAGAAGAAGAAAAAGCAGAAGAAGAAUUAGAAUCACCAUCCUCGCAAAAGCACCAAAUAAAAGACGAAGAACUCUUCCCAUCACUAUCCCACCAGCAACAAUCAAUCCCUGACUUAAGACCACGAAGGGAAUCAAUAGACCCCCGCGCCGUCUCAAUGUACAUGUCAAAACUAAUCUCAACUUACCACGCACAACUUGCCAUGGACCGUUCAACCUCUACAGACCCGAAUCAAAGAAAUAUCGAAGAUAUGCUAAGAGAACAAGAAGAGGAAGAGACAAUUUCAGAUCCAUUCGCUUUAUCCGCUUGGCUAGUUACGGAGUUUAUGCAUAUCCAUCCUUUUAUCACUGCAAAUGAAGAAAUGAGUAGGAUAAUAUUAUCGGGUGUGUUAAUGAAGGAACUGGGGAUAGUUUUGGUUCUUGGUGAUCCAGAGGAUGGUGAAAGUGAGAGAGAAGAGUAUUUGGGGAUAAUGGAAAGGUGUGAGGAAAGACAUAGGGAGAACGGACAGGAAGGUUAUGGGGAGAGUUAUGCUGAGUUUGCGGCUUUGGUGGUUAGGAAGGCUGUUGAGGGUGUAGUAGAGAUCGCGACGAUGGUGGGGAGGUCGUAG